GUGAAAAUAAGCCUACACUUCUGGAAUGCAAGAGGAGCAACAGCCUGAGGCUGCUGCAGAUCCAAUGUCGUCCUCUGAUGCACCAGAAGAUGGCCCAAAGGAAACGUCAAGUAUAUCACAGAAUAUCUGUAUGUUUCUGGUUGGACUGGGGAGGGUGUAUCAUACUGGAAGGGGUAUUUAAAUGUCCUUGCCUUUUCCUUACCUAAAAAGGACAGGGCUGUUGGCAAAAAAAGGAGAUGCUGAUGAAGUCAUAGCUGAUUCAAUCUGUUCUUGAUUUGUUUCAAGGCCCAGUUGUGUAAAUCAAAUUUAGAAAGAGCAAUGACAUAGAUUGUCAGUUUGCUGAUCCCAUACUUUUAAAAGUAAAUAUUUUUAGACUUAAUAGAUACACUCAGCUAUUGUUUUAAGCUUAGCUAUUGCUUUCUAUGCCAGUAAUGCAUGAGUAUAUGUUUGCUUUGACAGUCUGGCAUCUAGUGAUAUGAUGGCGAUGAGUUGUCCCAAGUGAAAAGCUUUGCCCGUGCUAGCAUGAUAAUGUUUUGGCAAGCCUGCAGGAUGUGGCAAUAGAAGUAUUCCAGCCAAAACUGUCUUGUGAAGCCCAGGAAGAGUAUCUUUUCUUACCUGUUAUUGGUAAGAUCAGAUAAUGACAGGCAUUUCUUUCUCAAGAGGAAAAAACAAAGGCUUCUUAGGAUUUGCUUUAUCUAUAUUGAUAAACUGUUAUGAUAUAAUGUAUCCAGUGCUCAUUUAUAACAAUAGGAACAUGCCGAUUGUGCUUUCUGGCAAGUAAUAGGCUCUGAAGCACCUUAGGGCAAAUUAGUGUGUAAUAGUAACACUGCUGAAUAAUUCCUAGGGAUCUCAGCUUUCAUGGGAGCAAACAGAGUCUUGACUAAAGCUAUGGGAGGUGUAUGCAGACUUGAAGCAGAUUAAUUUUUUAUGUUGCUUCUUUCUCCAGAUAUAGAAGUUGGUUCAAUAAAAACUGUAGCUGCUCCUGAGAAUGUUUUCCUUAAUUGUGAUCUUAAUUUAAAACAUCUGGUGCUGUACCACUACCACAUUUUUUCUUCAUGUGAGACAUUAUUCAGUCCAGUACUGAGUGUAUGUGUGAGGUGAAAGCUUGAAAAAUAAAUAGAAAUUAACACCCUUUAAGGGUUACCAAAUAUGUAGAAACCACUUUCAGCGGGGGAAUCUGAAUCAUAAAUGGCUUUAGGCUAGGAAAGUAUUUGAGACAGGUAUUACACACACUUCCCCAUGUAUUAUGUUCUCCAUUAGGUAUUUACUUUUGACCAUAGUGAGGGGUGGGAUAUUUGCUUAGGUGGGUUUUUGUUCAUCUGCUAUGGCUGCUUUUAUAAUUAUGUGACUGAGAGUGCUACAAAUGCAACAGCCUUACCUCUACUUCCUUUUUCACUCAUGUUUUGCUUACCUCCUCCUCAGCAUCACCAACUGUUCUGGCAGCAACAUUGUCGUAGUUCAGACAGUACUGAUUGCAGCACACCAUGUUCUUGGGUAUUGACCAUGAAGUAGCAGGUUGCUCAAAUGCAAAGAAGGAUGUUGAAGGGUUGCUUUUCGGUUUUUUUUGUUGGGUUUUCUCUUCUGUUUGGUUGGUUUUCUUCUAAUUUGGUGGAGUUUUUGUUUGGUUGGUUUUGGUUUGGGGUUUUUUUGGUUUUUUUUUUACAUAAAGUCUUACAAGAUUAGUAUUUGUGGGACACAGCUGGGGCCAGAGCCACACAGUUAAACCAGAUUCAUAAAAUGAAUGUGUGGUAGGAGGCUGUAAUUUAUCUGCAUCUUUGACAUCCUGCCUACAAACUGUUCACUAAUCUUUUUUUUUUUGUUCCCCUGGGCUUAUGAUCCUAUUCCAGGCUUCUGGAGACCACUUGAGACCUCUGCUAACUUGUGCAGCAGCUUGCCAGAGAAAGAGAGUUGGUUGGAAACAAAACUCUGCUUUCCUGCUUGAUACUUUUUUUUCCUAAGAUGCGUUACAGCUUUAGGAUGACUCAUUCAAAGCAACUUUAAUUUCCCAUUGAUGUAGAGUUAAAGCUUCUCUAUCUCAGUCGAUGAGACUACCUGGCAAUGAGCGUCUGUGACAGAGCUGAUAGAUCCUCCUGUUUUCCAUACAGCAAGCUUGACAUAGAGGAGUAAACUCACUUUGUACCAUUUUGAUCUUAAAUAGUUGUUGAGCUAGGGAAGAAUGAUUGGAUUCCUGACCUAAAUACCUCUUGAGGUUUAAUUUUCCUUUGUGUACUGAUCCCUGGUGUGUUAAUCACAGAAAAGGCUAUGGUCGGUACUGUAGGUAUCCUGUAUGUGCCAAUAUGUGGAGGUGACUUUGCCAUCAUAUUCACACCAGUGUCCAUGUGUUGCUAUUGUUUAUGUAGAUAAGAAUCCCAAAACUGAACACUUUGGGUUUAAAAUUUAAAAAAUGCUUUUUUUUUCUUUUUCUCUAAUUUAGUGUAUACUUUUUCUAAGUAUUCUUUGCUUCUCUGUCCACCUCACCUGCCACACAGCUUCUCUCUUUCCCUUACUGAACUGCGUGGACAACCUGUCCCAGUGUCCACAGGGUAGGAAACCUGGACUGAGACCCAUGCUUGGAGGCAGCCUCUCCAGUGAUGGCACUCUCAAUGAUGUAGCUUCAGAAUUGAAUCUGAUGCAGAUGCAUUUAAAAUUCUCCUGGAGAUGAAGCUGAAGAAAAGGCAGAAAAGGCCUGCUUUACCAAGCACUGUGACUGAGCUUGAUACGGAGGAUGGUUCUAAAGUGUAUGUGGUUGGAACAGCCCACUUCAGUGACAGCAGCAAAAAGGAUGUAGUAAAGACAAUACAAGAAGUGCAGCCUGAUGUAGUUGUGGUGGAACUGUGCCAGUACAGAGUUUCUAUGUUAAAGAUGGAUGAAAAGACGUUACUAAAAGAAGCCAAAGAAAUAAAUCUGGAAAAACUUCAACAAGCUAUAAAACAGAACGGAGUCAUGUCUGGAUUGAUGCAAAUGCUGCUUCUGAAGGUUUCUGCUCACAUCACAGAACAGCUGGGAAUGGCUCCAGGAGGAGAAUUCAGGGAGGCUUUCAAAGAGGCCAGUAAAGUACCUUUCUGUAAAUUCCACCUUGGUGACCGGCCCAUCCCUGUUACAUUUAAGAGAGCAAUUGCUGCACUUUCCUUCUGGCAAAAAGUCAAGCUUGCUUGGGGCCUUUGCUUCUUAUCUGACCCCAUCAGUAAAGAUGAUGUGGAGAAAUGCAAACAGAAGGAUUUACUGGAACAGAUGAUGGCAGAAAUGAUUGGAGAAUUCCCUGAUCUUCAUAGAACAAUUGUCUCCGAACGAGAUAUUUACUUGACCUACAUGCUGAAGCAAGCAGCAAAGCAGAUAGAACUACCUCGAGCUUCAGAAAAUGAACCUAGAAAAUAUAUCCCAGCUGUUGUAGUUGGUGUUGUUGGCAUGGGUCAUGUACCUGGGAUUGAAAAGAACUGGAAUUCUGACUUAAAGAUCCAGGAAAUAAUGAGUGUGCCUCCUCCAUCAGCUUCAAGUAAGAUUUUCAAAUUUGUUUUAAAAGCAACAGUUUUUGGACUGCUGGGAUACAGCUGCUACCGAAUAGGUCACAGGACAGUUCAGUUUGUUCUCUCAAUGCCAGCAACACAGAGCUAUCUUCAGAGGCUGACAGAGGUGCCUCAGCAGUGACCAACAAAUAGAGGCUCUGUGUGAAGAAGGUGGCUGAGGAAAGGGUGAUGGAGGCAACGCAUGAACUGGACUGAAGGAUGAGGAUUCUAGUCCGAGCUGAUUGAUGCUGAGCAACACUCAAUCACUAUAUAAUAAAAGAUUUGAUACUAAAGUUACACCAGCUAUGAUCUAAUUAAUAGUUUUGAUUCUUGAUAGGUGUGUUGCAUGAAAUCAGAUGAUUCCAGAUUGAGGUAAAAGAAAUGUGUAUGCAAAUAUAUAUAUAUAUUAUAUAUGCAUACUAUAUACAUGUACACUAUAUAUAUGCAUUAUAUAUUAUAUAUAUAUAUAUAUAUAUAACUGAUGCUGUAGUACAGGCAGCUUAAAGGGUGUGUGUUCAUGGCUCCUUUUCCAGAGGAAAGAACAACACAAAGUAACCUAAUCAGCUGCAUCUCCUGAAGUUCAUGGACACUUGAGGGAUUCUUUGCUUUUUUUCUUAGGUAUAAUAAUACCAAGUGUUCGUUUCUGGUGCCAGACACUUUUACACGUAAUUUAAAAGGACAUCUUCUCAAUGUGUGUUUUAUACCUAAAACAUUUAGGCUUUUUUAAACUUAAGAGCUUUCAGAAAUUUCAGAAUUGUACAGGCUGUCAUACAUAUAUGGCUCAAAUUUUUUACAAGCCUUACUGAAGAACAGGAACGUUGCCUUUAGAUUGCAUCCCUUGUUACCGCCACCAGUUGAAUUGUCUUUCUCCUGCAUAGAGAAGGUAUAGCCACCCCAUCAGAAUGCAAUGUGGUUUGUGUCACAUGUUUACAGGAUCCUCUGUUCCUUUAGAUUAGCUUAUUUAAACUGUAUUAUUUAGCCAAAUCCUGCUGGUUCCAGUAUUGUAAAUUUAAGAGACUAGAACUACUGUACAAUUUACUUUUGUUUCUCACACCUUUCAUCUUUGGCAUAAAAAGCCUGGAAUUAACCUGCCUCUUGUUUUUGCUACAUGAAAAUGUUUUAUUUAUCAAUGUAAUUUCUUGGUGGAUGAAUAUUUUAAUCUAUUUAAUAGGAAAGCAGUGUUCAAUUUAGUUUUUCAACCAAAUGUAGCAUUUUAUUUGCAUUACCUGCUAUUUAUAUGCAGAAUUAUGGGUACUACAGACUGCUGUUACUUUGUUUUUAAAUAUCUGGAACACUCAUCCAUCAUCAAUCUUUCUUUCUUUCUUUUUAUUUUUUAAUCCUAGGUUCAUAUUUCACUGGAAUUUUUUGGUACCUUCCCUUUUUAUAGGAUUGUCAGUGAUUGUAAAAUGCCCUUGGCAAUCAGCUAGUCCUAGUUCAACAACACAGAUAACAUUGUCAUAUCAAAGUUAACCCAAUGUAUUUGAAUGGAAAAGUCCCAUUUGCUCCUCAGGCUUAUGUACAGUUGCUCAUUGCUUAAAGUGAGGUCUUUAUCUGUAUUCAUUUCUUUUGGGAAUGAAAGAUUGGAACCAGUAUGUGAGGCAGGAGGAGGAAAAGGUGAUGUUGUGUUUUGUGUUUCAUUGUGGUUUUUCAGUUGGUUCAAUAAAAUCCAGAAACCACUUUUAAUAGGGUAUAUUUCCAAAGGCUUUUGUUGGAAAUAGUUCCAUACAGUCUUUUGUUUGCUAAAAGUAUGUACAUCUAUCUUCUCUACAGUGUAGUCUUUUUUGAGCUUUUAAAUUUAAGAUUCUGAUGCUCCUCUCUGUGAUGGCAUUGACUUUGCUGGGAGCUGGUCUGUCCAUGCAACCUGAUGCUUUUCUGCCUUGCUUUUUGAAAAUUGUAUGAGUUCCAGUGCAGCACAUUAUUAAACUGCAUGUUUAUUUUAAACCUUACUGCAUCUAACCCGAUUCUGCAGAGCUCUUAAGAUGAUGCUAGGUGCUCUUCUGGGUCUGGGCCUUACAGGUGUCCAGGGAAUAAACCUUAGCAAAUGAGAAUGACAGCAGUUCAUGCUUCUAGGACACAAAGUGUAAAUGAUAAUACAGAAAACAGUGGGGGCAGGUCCUUUUAUUUUCUUUUUAUUAGUGCUUAAGAAACCACCAGCCAUCUCUAGCAAGAGGAGAAGCAGCAUUUGUAAACAAUUUAUAGAAGAGUAGAGUAACUGCCUAAAUUUUGAUUCCUGUUUUUUAAAAACAUUUAAUGUAUUGUUUACAAUUAAGCAGUCCUAUUUGAAUAAUUCUAUUACAUUUUAUGUACAUUUUUAAAAGAUGAAAGCAUAAGCUUAAGCUCACUCUUCUCCUGUCUUUACUGACAUACCAAAAUGUUGUUCUGUUGGUUAUUUUCUUGAGAAUAUUUAGCUGGUAGAAUUAAAUAUAUGGAUAUUUUGCUUUAAGUUAUCUACAGAUUUUUAAAGUAUCCGCAGGUAUUUUAAAAGCUCUGUAGAUCUUUGAUAUCUGUGCUCAGGUAAUUUUACACAAAGGAAAACAAAUCUAAGGUAAAUUUUAGAUAGGAGCCUUAAUCUUGGGUGGGACUAAUGCUAAAUGAUUGUCAUGGAGCAUUCUUGUAGACUUGAUGUUUUAUGCUUUUUAGCCAAAAGUGAUUACCAUCUAAGGUGUCCAUUUGUUAUUCAGUUAUACUCUCCAGUCAGUACUUUAAGUCUACUGUUUCAAUCUUUCUCUUUUUUCUUUUUUUUUUUCUUUCUUUUUUUUUUCUUUUUUUACAAAGCAUAUCAGGAGAUUCUUCAGAGAACCUCUUGGAGAAUUUGCAAUUUGUCUUCCCACUGUUGCAAAUUGGCAGAUCAUAUGCAUGCACUGUUUAUUCAGUGGCACUGGAAAGUGAUGAAUUUGCAGAACUAACAAUUGUAUGAAUCCAUACACAGAUUCUUGAUGUUGUGUAUUCAGUGUGUUGUACUGUUUAUAUAACAUAAUCCGUGUUUUAGGUCCAUUCUUUUCUGUUCUAGUCAGUCCUUUCACUGUUAGCAGCAUCCUGUAAAAUUUAAGUAUAUGUUGAAUUGUCCCAGGCCCGCCUCAACCUUAUGAAGCCAUAUGGUAUUUUUUUGGUGACAUGUACAUCUGUUUUACGCAUUUGUACAUGUGAUGUAAAUUUGAAGUAUUUUUAACAAUGUGUGCCUUUAAAGUGAUUUAAAGUAAACAGCAGUAUGUUCUAUUAUAUAAAAAAUAAAAUAUUUUAACCACCAUUUCUGUUGAAGGUAUUUAUUUUCCUAAUUAACCAGUAUUUUUAUUAAGAGCAAACACUGGUUAGCUAGAUCUAGUACAGGAUAAUUCCACCAUCUAACACAUUUUCCUGGAGAACAUCAGUUGAACUAAUUACCUUCUGCUGAGGGGCAUCUGAGUGUAAUGCUGGAGCAGGGGAACUAGUUUCUCUACCUACCACAUGUUACUGGUUGAGAGGAAAAGGAUGAGUUUCCCUAUCCAACUGAACACACAGGGAGACUGUCUGCUCAAUGUGAGAACUCUGAUUCUCAAUGUGAGAAUCAGAGUUCAGAGUUAGGUGUGGUGAGUUGAUUUUGUUGUUGUUGCUUUUCUUUUCAUGUCUCCAGUGCUCAGUCUUGCAAGGAGCUGACAGCUGUAGUCUCAGUCCAGCAGAGCUCUCCAAUAUUGGCUUUACAUCAGUCAUUUGUACUUAAAGUGCUGUCCUCCGUGUGGGAAAUAAAGAUCCUUUAAGUGCAAAAGAUGUUGAAUAGUGGCAAAGAGCUUUAUCUUUCAAAUUGGCACAGGUAAAUCAAUAUGACCAUUACUUUAAAAAAAUGCAUUAAUACAAAGACCCUGUACUCAUAUAUAUGAUAAGCUGUAUUCCAUACAGAUAAUGUAUCAUCUGUGUGUACCCUUUGUCAAUCAGUGGUCCAUAUUUUUUGAUAGUGUGUAAAUCAAAACGCAGCCCUUUUUUCCUUGGUCAGGCAAAGUUCCCUCCAGGUGCAAUUGGAGCCAUGGCUGUAAAGAAUUGCUGGUAAAACCAUUUAGGUGGAAGAAGAAACUGAGGAUACUGUAGUGCUGUGCUGUCCCUGGAGUGGCAGAGGAGGCUGCACAGCAGCUCUGCUCUGGAGCAGUGCUGGGGCAGACAGGCUCAGGUGGCACCCGGCAGCUGCCUGCCUUGGCAGUGUAUCGUUCACCAGCACGGCGUUGCACACUGCUGGCCCACGUCACGUUUGAGGUGUCUUUUCUAUACCAAAUACUGAACAAAAUUUUAAAAUUGACUUUUUGAAGUGGAUUAAAAUGUCUGUGUUUCCACUGGAAGCUGUAUUUCUGUGUGUAUUGUAAAACAUCUAAAAAAGUGAGAAAUAUAUCAAGUUACCUCAAAGUGCCAGGCAGUCGGAGCUACACGUGGAAAAGAAACAUCACAUUAUCACUUGUGUAACUCUUAAGAUACUCAUGUAUGUAUUUCCCUGUUUCUUUUUAAAACUGAAAUAAACUUUAAUUUUAGA